AUGUUGGAGACAAAAGACUCUGCGAUCAAACUCUUCGGCAAAACAAUUCCGGUUAAGGAGAUUCUUGUCGGUCUUUCACCUUUGUCUUCUGCUGAUGUUGUUGAUCACAGUAUUCAUCAUCAUCAUAAUCAUCAUAAUCAUGAUUCUUCUACAAACUCAUCUAGAGAGUCUCAUAAUAGUAUUGAUGCAAAACAGCAAGAGAUUCAUAAGGAUACAUUGGGAGAAAAAUCGGCUGAUGAAAAAAACGAAGACGGAGUCCCUACGCAAUCGAAUGAAGAAUUCACAAAUCCAGAUGCGGCCUCUAGAACUGGCGAAGAAUCUGUUACUGCAUCCACUGAAAAAGAGGUUGCUACAUUGAAAGCUUCAAAGACUGAAGAAGAACAGGACGAAACGAGUAAUUCACAGGAAAAGAGCCUAAAGAAACCUGACAAAAUAAUCCCGUGUCCGCGCUGCAGUAGCAUGGACACAAAGUUCUGCUACUAUAACAAUUACAACGUCAACCAACCUCGCCACUUUUGCAAGAAUUGUCAGAGAUAUUGGACUGCCGGUGGAACCAUGAGAAACGUGCCCGUAGGUGCUGGUCGCAGAAGGAACAAGAGCUGUUCUUCUCAGUACCGACAGAUAACUGUCUCCGAUGCAACACUCCAGAAUUCUCGGAUACACCCUUCCUUGAAAUGCAAUGGCACAGUCCUUACGUUUGGAUCCGAUUCACCUUUAUCUGAAUCGAUGGCAUCUGUUUUGAAACUUGCUCAUAAACCUGAAGAACUAAGAAUCCGUGUUCCUCGUGCAAGUGGAGAAAAAGGCGAUGAUCAAUCCAAUAAAUCAUCGGUUACAUCGACAGAAGGUGCAAGCACGCAUGUAGCCCAAGAACAAGCUAGACAGUACAGCCAAAGCUUCCCACCACAAGGUCACUACUUUCCUCCGGGGACUCCUUGUCCUUUCCCAUGGAACCCAACGCAAUGGAGAUCACCAGUUCCACCACCCGCGUUUUCUCCACCGGGAUUUUCUUUACCGUUCUAUCCCGCAACAUCUUACUGGGGUUGCACCGUGCCAGGCGGAUGGAAUGUCCCGUGGCAAGCACAACCGUCGUCUGCCCCUAACUCUAGUCCAAACUCUCCGACCUUAGGUAAACAUUCAAGGGAAGAAGGUAGAAAAGAAACUAGCGAGGAAAAGUGUCUGUGGUUUCCAAAAUCUUUGAGGAUCGACGACUCGGGAGAAGCAGAAAAAACCUCUUUCUGGACAACACUAGGGAUCAAAAACGACGACACCGCCAGUCCAGUUCCAUCAGGAAGACUCUUUCAAGCAUUCCCUUCAAAGCUAGACAAGAAAAAUGACUCAGAGUCUGACCAAGCAUCUUCAGUCUUGCAAGCCAAUCCGGCCGCAUUGUCUAGGUCGCAUAACUUUCACGAGACUUCGUAA